CCAGGAGCCACAAAGUGCAAACAUGGAGGUAGUAGGAAGUGGGUUUAAGACUCCGUGUAAAGUGAACAGAAGGAAGUCUCCAGGUAAGUUAGAAAAUGUCCACAAACCUUGAUAGUUAUUAGAAUUAAAACAACCAUAAAAUGAAGGUGUAGAGUGCUAUUUUCAAAACCAAUGAAUAUAUUGUAUAAGCUUUUCAUUAAUAUUCAUUGGGUGUCAGAAUUGGUUAGGAAACACUGUACACACUAAAUUUUAUGUUUUUUAAUGUAAUUGUUUAUACACCUGGCUUGUUUGCAGUGGUGAUGUAUGUUUUGGGGGAUACACUAAAGUAGGGCUUGACGAAUACAUGGCUCCUAGGAAUUUUGCCUUGGCGCAUGGGAUUUGUGAGCCUGGCAGGCAUGAGGCCGGCUGGUGAAUUAUGGAGGUGGGUGGCAAGUUGGGGGGUUAUGGAGCCGGGCGGCAUGCUGGGGGGCGUGGAGGCAGGUGGCUAGCUGCACAUAUUGCUACCGGGCGACGAUAUGAUGUCAUUGUGGCGAACAGAACCUCGCCAUAAAAGAGCACCCAGCACCACCUAAUCUUCUGUAAACCAGUGAUAGGCAGCUGAUUUUAAAAGCCGUUCUGCUAGUAAUAGUUUUAAGGAUAGCUGUGUUCGGGCUCUAAAUAUGGCAAGAUUUAGAAUUGAAAAGCACUGUAAGACCAUCUACAGUCUAUUGUUGUAUCAUCUCUACGGCUCCUAAAAAAAAAAAAAAGACACUUCAAACACCAAAACCACUACAUUUUAAUGUAGCGUUUUUGGUACAUAAAUGCUGUUUUGUUUUUUUUUACCCCCAAACAAUGUGAAACAUCUUUUCUAAGAAAUGACAAUGUUUACAUUUGACCAAAAACACAUAUAGAAUGUGUUCCUCCUUAAGACAUUCAGUUUUUUUUUUUUAAACUGUCUUGGUGUACGUUUAGUCGUUUUUUGCUUUUCAUUUACAAAGGGGACGACGACAACACUGCAGCAUUAAAAAGACACUAUAGUCACCAGAACAACUACAACUUAAUGGAUUUGUUCUGGUAGCUAUACUAUGUCCAUGCAAGCUUUUUGUUGUAAGCACUGUCUUUUCAGAGAAAAAAAAGUGUUUGCAUUGCUCCCUAGGGACACCUCCAGUGGCCACUCCUCAGAUUGCUACUAGAAGUGCUUUCCAGGUCAGUGCGGCCUUUGGCUCCCAUAUGGGAAAGCAUUGUGAUUGGCUGAGAUCCAGACUUCUGGUGAUGUCUGCCAAGGAGUCGAAUCAGGGUGGAGCCAGUGCCGUCAGACUGGAAAUAUGGUGAGAUUUCACUAUAUUUAGGAGGGCAAGGGGGAGCCAGGGGUGCCAGAUAGUGAUUUUAACACUAUUGGGUCAGGAAUACAUGUUUGAAUGUUGCUGUUCCGUUAAGAUGUAUAGCCACUUAAAACUCUGUUUUUGCAGGAGUAAGUGUACCUUCACCAUCUGUUACAAUUCCCGCUUCUCCAUUUAUGCAGAAGUUUGGGUAUGGCACUGGAGUCAGCGUGUACCUCAUGAAAAGGUAAGAAUAAAAUCUUGGGUUAGUAAAGUAAACAGUUAGACAGUUGUGGUGGUUAUGGUGCUAAGACUCCCCUAAUGCUGUCCCACUUAUUUUUUAAAUGGUUUGAUACUUACCUGUAAUUUCCCUUUUCUGUGCUAUUACUAAAGUUGCAGUUCCACUUUCUGCAGUAAUGAUAGCGAAUAGCUUUUCCGACUGUGUACAAAUUAAUUGACUCAAAGGAGCAGUUUGACAUUUUUUUUGUUCUGAUAAAUUGAUAUCCUAUAUUGUUUUAUAAACUUUUUAAAAAGUAUGUCAGUAAAUCGUUAAAACGCUUAGGAUUAAUUACCAAAUUCAGAAUUCAAAGGGAAUUUCACAUUAAGGGACAAAAUAGCUAAACUGGAAAAAGUCAACUAUUGUUUCAGCUCAGCAACUACUCUGGCCUUCAAUUGGAAAUUCACUUUAGUAGAUUUCAGUCUGUGUGCUAAUGGACAGUUUAACUGAAUCCUUCUUUGUUCAUAUAUUAUUGAAGUGGCUGUUUCAUUUGCUUAUUGGGUGUUAUAUCCUCUUAAAAUGUGGAAGCAAAGUUUUUAGUAAGUAAUGAACUAUUUGAAUAGGUAGCUAUAUUUGCACUUUUUGGUUGUUUGGAGUCGUUUUAUAAUAUAACCGAUAUACAGAAACUUCAUUGUGCUUUAAUAUCAAGGUCUCCAAAGGGUCUGUCUCGUUCCCCCUGGGCUGUAAAGAAGAUUAGUAAACAGUGUGACAAGUCAAGCAAGAAUCUGUAUGAACAGAGACUAAAUGAAGAAGCAAAAGUUUUGAAGACUCUGAAACACCCCAAUAUUGUAGGUACGUUAAAGGGUUACUCCAAACUAUUUUUAUAUUAACAUUUUGUUUUAUAACGUCGUAAACAGAAGAAGAGUAUACCCCGAAGCAAGGGGGAGAAACUCUAUACUGGUAUAUUAAAGGAAAGAAAUAUAUUGUUGGCUAAAUAAUUUACUUAGGGAUAAGUCUGGUGUGGUAAAUAAACCUACAAACCACAGCUAGAUUAUACAAAAUGUAUCCGAUCUAUAAAUACUUUAUUAAUUAAAUUAAGAACAAUGUGAUACAAAUUGAGGUAAAGCUGGGGAGUCAGAGUAGUUGUGGUAUAUAUAGCAAAAACCAAUCCCAACCUUGUAUAUUGGUCUCAAAAGGCAGCUUAAUGAAAUGGGAGAAAAUCACCUAUAGUUACUAUAUACUAAAUAGAAAUAAUAAAUUUGGUCAUAUUGGGUAGCAGUUCAGGUUAAAUUAGUGCAGUGAUUGCCCCUACGUACUGAAAGGGUGUCUAUUCUCUACCAAUGGACAAUGAAAAUCUCUUUGGUUACUAUAAUGGGGAAGCAAAAAGGAGCAAACACUCAUGCAGAGAGAAUCCAUCUCAUAGAUACUGAAAUACUUUACUGCUAAUCCCUAAAUCUCCUAAAAAAACACCUUCAUGGGUGUUCUAGGUUUAAAAAAAAAAAAAAAAGUGGGCUAAACACCCAGUUAGUUCAUUGGUGAUUCGAGUGCCAAGUAAACCCAACGCGCAUUUCAGUGUAUAAGACUGCACCUUCGUCAGCGGCUAACCUUCUUUCCGUGUGGACAGUUUUUAAAUGCAUUAAGGACCAAUCGGCUAUCAUUACGUGAGACUCCACGUGACAUGUCUGUAAUUCACACUAUUAUCAGGUGUGUAGACGGUAUGGGGGAGUGGCGUGCUCUGACAGACAGACCCAGUACUCCACCCAUCCACGUCACAGCUCUAGUAGACUCUCAUUCCCAAAAUGUUCCGUCAUCUGUGGGCAUGUCAAAGCGUCAUCCACUAGACCGCCUAUUAUGAAAAAAUCCUCCCGAAGUGCAUUUGCUAUCUUCAUUGAGCUAGGGGUUUGGGCAGAGCCACAAAGAACGGUGUUGGAGUGACAAUCUAUGCUUUGUAACUAUAUAUUUAAUUUGCCUUUUACAGUUCCUAAGAGCUUGAUCUGUGGGGAUCGUUAGAUCUCCUCCUUCCGGUCGGCACUUGGUGUGCUCCAAUGUGGGGAGGAGCUAGAUCUAAUGAAGAAUUCACUCUAGAUUUUGGGCUGUAAUGUUUGUAGUUGAUAUAUCUUCACUGAUCCAUUUGACAAUUUAGUGUGAAUGUGAGUUCGCAAAUGGUCAUAGGUUUUUUUAUAUUCAACUAAUAAUUUCCUCCUAAAGGUACACCUAGGUAUAAAGGUAUACCCAACUACCUGACCCUCCUGUUUUUUGCAUCUAUAGUUGUUUUAAGAUAUAGCUGCUUAGCUCACUGUUUAGUGAACUUCCUCCUAGUAAUUCAUCCUGUUAUUUGAUCUCAGCAGGAACUAUAGGGGAUUUUCUCCCAUUUCAUUAAGCUGCCUUUUGAGACCAAUAUACAAGGUUGGGAUUGGUUUUUGCUAUCUACAGGCAUUUCUCACUUUAUGAACUCCCGCCUUUAUGAACAUUUUUCUGGAUGUCAGUGGUCCACUUUUUUUUUUUAUUAUUUAUUUAUUUAUUUAUUUAUUUUAUUAUUUUAUUUUAUUUUUUUGCCAAUGGUCCACUGAUUAGGACCGAGGAGAGUGCUUUGGAGCACAAACAAGAAGAGUAGAAGAAGAAUUUGUGGUCAGGAGUAGACAAGAAGAAAUAUGAGAAUCAGGAACACAGUUCCUGAAGAUAAAGGGAAGACUAAAAAAACAGGUUUAGAUUGUACUGUAUUCUGUUUGUGCUUUCAUGGGCAUAAAUUACUGAUUUAUUAUUAUUAUUAUUAUUAUGCCAUGUUUUGGCAGGCAGCAGUAGUAAGGAGCAAGAGGAGGGCUGGAAAAGGGGAGAAGGAAGAAAGUUUGAGAGCUGUAAAAAUAAGAGGAGUAACAGAAAAGUGAUAAAGGAGAGGGGGAAGCUGAUAAUGAAGAAAAUGAAUAAGUAGGAGGGCAAGAGAGGUGCCCCCAUUCAACAAGUGCAGCAUGUCUCCUCUUUGAAUAGUAGGAGGAUUGAUGAUUUGAUGAAGAUUUCAAUAUGGUAUGCAUGCCUUUUAAAAUUCCUGCAUGCCUUUAAAAUUCCUACUAUGCUUUCAUUUUGUAUUUGUAAUUAAUAAUUUAGGUUUUCAAUGGUAAAGUGUGUCGGUCAGGAACGGAACCCGUGUUUAUUACAUUGUGUCUAUGGGAAAUUAGUUCUCACUUUAUGAACUAGGCUUGGGAACUACCUGUAUACCACAACUACUCUGACUCCCCCGCUUUACCUCAAUUUGUAUCACAUUGUUCUUAAUUUAACUAAUAAAGUACUUAUAUAUUGGAUACAUUUUGUAUAAUCUAGCUGUGGUUUGUAGGUUUAUUUAUUUACCGCACCAGACUUAUCUCUAAGUUUAUUUAGCUGACAAUAUGACUUUUUUUUUUUUCUUUUCUUUUUACUUUAAUAUACCAGUAUAGAGUUUCUCCCCCUUACUUCGGGGUAUACUCUCCUUCUGUUUGUACGUAUUGCAUUUUAGGGUCCAAGCCCUUUUGUGGACCUAGUACCACCACCCUGAUUCAUUGAGGGGAGGGCUGCACAGAGAGAAAGUACCAAGCAUACCCCUAAUUAUUUUUCUUUUUAGUUCCUGAGAAACACACAUAGUUAUCAAUAUUAACACAAAUGCUCUAUUGAAUAGUUAACUAGGUUGGCUUUCUACUGGAUUUCUAUCUGCUUCAGAAAAUACAGACAAAUUGAUUCUGAAUAUAUUUUUUAAAUCCAAUGUGGACUUUUCCUGAUCAGGUUUUAGAUUGCUAACAAAUCUUUUAUUCUCCUAUUGGUGAAGUUCAGAUUGUUUCCCUUCAAGUUAAGCAUUGGUUAUUCCUCGCCAUGAGAGAGAUUUGAUCUUGUUUAUCUAUUUUCCUUAGGUUAUCGUGCAUUUACUAAAUCAAAGGAUGGCAGCCUCUGUUUAGCGAUGGAAUACGGUGGGAAAAAGUCGCUAAAUGACCUUAUAGAGGAAAGGAAUGAGAAACACCUAGGCCCUUUUUCUGCUGAAAUUAUUCUUAAAGUUGCACUAAACAUGGCAAGAGGUCUGAAGGUAAUGCUCACUAUUAUAUAUUUAUUAUACACACACACAAUAUUCUCAAUGGUCGUGGCAUCAAAAGCCGUAAUGAGCAUUUUAGAAGUAGGUAUGUAAGGUCCCUAUAUGAGACCUAUAGUAACAUGAAAAAGUCAGAUGCGGUGGGCCUGUAAUAAAGAGGGCCCACCCUAGAUAAAGAUAUGAAAAAAAAGAAGGCAGAAAAGGAAACAACUCUUGAUAGAAACGACUCUCCUAGGAAUCUUCAACCGAGUCGAAACUUGGAUGUGAGCCUAUCCUGGGCCCUUUACACUGAAACGAGAUAAACAGAAUCGAAAAUUGUGAUUAGACAAUGAAAAGUAUAUAUAAAAGCAUGCAGCCACCCAGAGCAAAUUAUAGUGAACACCACCAAGUGAACAGAUCCUGGCCCAGGCAGAAAAGGAAACCUAUCGAAGGAAAUAACCAUAACGAACACUGACCAGAAACAUAAUUCUUUAUAAAUAUAAAACCUGCCAGAUAAUACAACACACAAGGGUCGGGAAAAACAAAGGGUGGGAAAUAUUCGCCUCCUGUCAUUAAUAAAAUUAAGAUUAUAGGUACACUAAAGCUAGCAUAAUCUACAAUUUUAUAACAUGACAGGAGGCUUCAUAUUUGCAGUUUCAACGCUCAGCCAGUAGGGCAAAGGCUGCAUGUUCUGUAGGCCUGAAAUAAAACUGUUGAAAUGUGUCUUCUCGAGACCAGUCUGCUGAACGUAAAAUAUCGGCCAGGGAAGCACCUGCUACCAGGGCUCCUGACGCUGCCGCGCCCCUUACCGAAUGAGCGCCAAAAGAGGAGUCCACGCCGUCCAACGACAAAGGCUAUCUGAUCCAACAAGCCAGGGAAUUGGUAGACACCGGUUUAUGCGGUCGUACGUAAGAUAUCAACAGUUGUCUUGAUAGGGAACUUCGAAGUGGGGUAGUAACUUCCACAUAACGAGACAGAGCAGAAACCACACAGAGCUUAGGAGCCUCUCCAAAAAAGGGGUAGAAAAUGGCAGAGGAGUCGGAUUUGGUACGUCUCGACACCGCAAAGGUCACCCCAUCCGGAGAAAAGGUGAAUGCGUUAAUAUCAAAAGCCCGGACGUCGGAGACCCGACGAAACGAUACCAAUCAUAAAAGAAGUGUGAACCUGGCCGAUAACUGUCGUAGAGAAAGGUCCUGAUUCUCCGGCCACGCCUGAAUGAAAUCCAAAACUCUGUGCACAUCCCAGAGUGAUGUACACUUAGAAGCUGGUGGACGUGACAGUCUGAUUCCUCGCAACAGUCUACAAACCAAUGGGCGUCCCCGAAGAGGAACAUGAGCCGCUGAAAUGGCCAAUGUGGCAACGUUAACCGAGCGAUAUGACCUCCCUUGGUCAAAGAGGUAGGAAAGGAAAUUCAGUACCCUGGAUACAGGUGCUGUAAAGGGAUCGAUACUCCGUUCCAUGCACCAACGACACCAUAUGUUCCAUGCGGACUGAUAACAUCUCCUCGUUCCCGGGGCCCAUGAGUCCCAGAGGAGGCUUCUAGCCGUUCCCGAUAGCUCAUCGACAUUCCAGGUACCCCGGAAAGAGUCCAAGUGAAGAUGGCCCUCCAGCACGAGGGGGUGAUGGUUGCCCCGAGAGUCCGACAGGAGAAAUUGCGGAGACGGGUGAAGGAGCGGGUCUCGAUAUGACAGCUCUAGCAGUUCUGGGAACCAAGACUGGCCUUGCCAAAGAGGUGUCAGUAACACCAACGAUGUCUGUUGACGUCAUACUUGGAGAAGGAUCCUGGAGAUCAUAGUGAACGGUGGAAAUGCAUAGGCUCCCUGUGCCGGCCAGACCUGAAGAAAAGCAUCCACUGCUGCGCACAUCUGAUCCGGGAGCCAGCUGAAGUAAUUCGAGAUCUGGAAGUGAACAGAUCCACCGUGAAUGGGCCCCUCCGUCGCGCCACUUCGAGAAAUACUGGUCGAUGGAGACGCCAAUCGCUGGCAUCCCUCCAGUGCCUGGAAAACCAGUCUGCUGUCAGGUUCAACACACCUGGGAGAUAUUCCGCCUGUAAAGUAAUAUUGCGCUGAAGGCAGAAAUUGUAAAUCUCCUUCGUCACUACCGUCAGUGCCCGUGAAAGUGCUCCUCGCAGGCGGUUGAUAUACUGCACUGCUGACACGUUAUCCAUUCUCAGCACGAUGCAGCAAUCCGACAGAUGACCCGCCAGGCUCCAUAUCGCGAAUGAGCCCGCAAUCAUUUCCAGACAGUUGAUAUGGUACCCUGUUUCCGUGCUCUACCAGGGACCUCCCGUGGAGGCAGUGGCGCAGGUCGCUUCCCAGCCCCAUAGGCUUGCAUCUGAUUCCAGGACAAUGUCCGGGGUCGGACCAAAAAUCGCCUUGCCGUUCCAGGCUGACACAUGCAACAGCCACCAACAAAGUUUGGUCUUGACUUCCUGUGUGAUGGUGAUCAGUUGGUCGUAUGAGGGCUUCCUGCGGAGGAAACAUGCCUUCAGGCGUUGCAUGGCCCUGUAGUGAAGGGGACCUGGGUAAAUGGCUUGGAUUGAAGCGGACAAUAGGCCUACCACCCGUGCCAAGACACUGAGUGGGCUCCUCUCCUGACGGAAAAUCCCUCAGAUCUCUUUCCGAAUUGCCAAGAUUUUUGCUUCAGGGAGACGUAGGAUGCACUGAGUCGCAUCUAUCUCAAACCCCAAAAAUUGAACUACCUGCGUCGGUGUGAGGACCGACUUCUCUCGGUUGACCACAAACCCCAGGGAUUCGAACAAGGAGACCUCGAAGAGCAUCUGAGAUUUCAGUCUGGAGGAGCCCUCGCAGAAGAGAAGCAAAUCGUCCAGGUUAUCAGGCACCGAAUGCCCCUGGAGCGCAGGCAUGCUGUAAUCAGUUUCAGUAGUUUGGUGAAAGACCAAGGUGCCGAGCUGAGGCCGAAGGGUAGGCAUGUGAAUUGGCAUGGCCUCCCUUUCCAGAUGAAACAUAAGAAUCGUCGGCAAUCAGGUUCCACCGGUACGAAGAGGUAUGUGUCUUUCAGGUCUAGACGAAUGAACCAAUCUCCUGGGUGUAGUAAGUCUCUUAGAAAAUUGAUGCCCUCCAUCUUGAAGUGUUGAUAGGAAACAAAGGCGUUUAGGUUCCUCAGAUUUAUGACCGGGCGGAAAUCUCCCGUCUUUUUCCUGACUAGGAAAAUCGAGCUGAAGAAGCCUCCGUCGUCCGGCGCCCACUGAACUGCCCCCUCGUCGAACAGGGCCUGUAUUUCGGCGUCUAUCGGGACUUGCAGUGCACUUGACGAUACUGGAGCCGAGGGGACCACCUCCGGGAUUGAGAGUGAAUGGAAGUCUAUAACGUAACCUCAGACAGUUUGGAGUAUCCAAGCAUCCGAAGAGAUGUCCCGCCACCUGUCGAGACAAAAAGUAACCUGCCGGCAUGUAACAGACUGGGGGAAACAUGAGGUGCAACUUGUCUCACCUGUGGGCAUUCUGCCUCUAUCGCGUGUCCGGUUCCCUCUGCCACGGUACCACCUUUGGGAGUUGAAGGAUCCAGAGUGGUAGCUGGGGAAGAAAGAUGGUGGUCAGGAUCCUCGGUGGCUCGAUGGCCAGAAACAGCUGGAGGCACAACCCGCUGCCUUCCAGCCCUGCCAAAAACACGAGGUGUUAGUGCGGAACACCCUCCUCAUUGAAGAUUGGGCUUUAUUUUGGGUGGCAUAGAGGUUGACGUGCCUCUGGAGCUCCUUGAUGAAGGGUUCUCCAAAAAGUAGCCCUUUGGCUAACUGUACCAGUUCCUUGGAACCCAACUCUGAUUAAUUUGGCGUCCAUGCGCAUGAGGACCGCCUUCCUCCGCUCUGCACAAUGCUACGUUAGAGUUGCCCAGCAGGCAAACUGAGCGUAAUGCCCAAUCUCUUACGGCUGCAGCGUCCAGGGGGGGAGCCCUGGGAAACAGCCUCGUCCGCCAUGGUAAGGAUCCGUGUCAGCGGCCCCAAGAUGUCAAGCGCCUUAUCUUGUGCCAGGCGGAGAUUGCGUUCGAUCUCCUUCUUGGGAUCGCGCCCGGUACGGGUCAAAUAGGUGGAGACCAUCGUGUCGAACUCAGGAGUCAUAGCGACCUUGUCUGGCAAGGUGGGUCUAGGGCACUCAGCCCUGAGCCUCUUCCGCACUGCCCAGUCGAGGAGUCUGCGAACCCAAUAAUGGACGAACUGGGCCAGGUGUUCGGGUAGGGACAACUCAGGAGACCUGGGGUGCCGGAUGGUGCGCGGGUCAAAUAAAGGUUCGCCUGAUGAGUCCAGGAAGACGUCCUCCCCAAGGGAGGAGUCUAGUUGUAGCGAGGCAUCUUCAUCAGCGUCCUGCCGGUACACCGAUUCCUCCGGAUCUUCCUCGCCCCAACCCCCUUCGUCCUCCUGAGGGGGAUUGAUCUGCCCGCCAUUCAUCCAGUAGGGACAGGGGUGCGGGCAGGGUGAACUCUUCCUCCUCUUCGGGCAGGUAUCGUUAGUGCGUUGGAGGUGAGGCAGUCGCCCGCUUAGGCCUCUUUGCAGGAGCCUUACCCUUCUGGGAACUCUGCUCAGGGCCUUCACCCUUCCAGUAGCGUUUGAGGGGGCGUGCCUGUUCUCUGCCCGGAGAGUCGGGAUCGGAUUCUAUUCGUGCACGCUGAGUCUCCGAUAAUCCCUAUCUUGGGACGGCCGCGGCAGUGCGUGUGAAAACGCUUUCUCCACUGAAGCGGCAACGGCUGCAUUAAUCAUAGCCUGUAGGCUCUCUUGGGUAGGAGCGUCCAUCCUGACAUUAGUGUGACCCUGGGGGUAGAAAUGACACGCUUCACCCAGUUAUACGGGAGUAAUGUAUACAGACACAAGUGUUAUAGAGGACCCCAGUAUAAAAACUCCUGUAUCAUAUUCUAGGCCAGCAGCCGUAAGGGGUCUAGGCGUGAGUAAGCGCCGGCAUAGAAAAACACUGUCAGAGCAGGCCAGAUGGAGGACACAGGCUUCACUGACCACUCCUUAGAUGGCUGCUAGAGCUGCUUCCUGUCUCAGUCUUGCCUAGUUCACAACAUUCAGUAUCUAUUCCCUCUGCAUGCAGACACUGAACUUUCAUCAUAGAUAUUCAUCUCUAUGAGGAGAUGCUGAUUAGGACAGGGCUGUGUUUGACUUGUGCUGGCUUUGCCCCUCAUAUGCCUCCUUCACAGUCUCAGCCAGUCCUGUGGGGAAGCAUUGUGAUUGGCUCAGAACAGCACUUCUGAUGAUGGCAGUAGGCAGCUUGCUGUUCUGAGGCAAACAGGAACAAAACCAGCAGCUUCAGGCUUGAAUACAAGUAAGAAUUUACUAUGUUUCGGAGGCAAGAGGGUGCCAGGGGGACUAGAUGGUGGUUUUAACACUAUAGGGUCAGAAAUAUGUUUGUGUUCCUGACCCUAUAGUGCUCCUUUAAGGUAACGUUCUAUACAGAACUAGUUAUAACAUCUAAUCCCCAGUUAAGUGUCAAAGACCCGGUCUCCCUUGACUAUAGAAACAAGAAAUCUUAGUCAUAAGUCCAAUAUUGUAUAGUAGUAGCAUAGGUGCAGGUUAUACAGUGUUGAUGUUGGACAUAGGUUAUGAAAUUGAGCCUUAGUCACAGGAGUAUAGGAAUGCACCGGGGGAGCAUUUAGAGGCUUAGUUGAGUGAAAACCAAAUAGUGUUUGUUGAAGCAAACCAGUGUAUCGUCAGCAUCUACUGACAAAGCAUGAAAAACGAUAAACAAGCAAUGCGUUUGCUUUACCUAAAUUAAAUACUAUCUUCAACAAAAUCUCAAAACUGACCAAUAUAGGCCGAUAUUUAACACUCAGUAUUAAAUGAACAAAGAACUUAUAAACAUUCUGUAAGAUUGUGUAGAAAAUUAAAAUUAAGGACUAGACAAACUAAUGAGGGCCAUGUGUGGACCGGAAUAAGUGUAACCACUAACCAAACGCACAGUGAAUUGUGAAUAGCAGCAGUGAUGGAGCUCCAAUGCAGAGUGCUCUGUGGAUCUGAAACAAAUAGAAUACAUGUAAUACCGCAUCCGAUCGCUAGGAUAUGAAUAUAAUCUAUACACUUAUAAACUCACCUGAUUGCUUCUGGGGAGCAAAACUUUAGAGUCGUGCCCGAAAGAUCAAUGGCCGUAAUGUAACUGAGGUAGAUAACCUCCCUAUGGUUUGAACAAUAAGAACUGGCAAUUAACCUGAAUAACACAAUUGAGUCCCCUACAAAGAGAAACAUGCAUAACAUCAGAAUAUACUGAUGAGGCAUGAAAAAUUAACAAGCAAGCGCUUGUUAGACCUGAAUUAAUCCCUUAAAAAUAUCAAACUUCAAAUAUAGCCCGUGCAAUAUCAAAAUUGACCAUUAGAGGUUGACAUUUAAAACCUACAGUAAUUAACUGAAACAGUGAAGUAAAACAAUUCGUAUGAAAUCAUGUGAAUCCUACUGCUCAAAUAGGGCGUUCGGUUAUAAAUAUAUGAAAGUUAACCGACCACAAGGGUUGUUCGUAAGAUAAGCGCAAACUGCACAAAAUAAUAGUUUAAGAAAUACAGCAAUUUGGUGUUCGUGCACAUGCUCCCAAAAGCCCGCUAAACCAAAGUAAGAUAGGAACAGGCUGGAAAUAGCCGAACGACAGUACUAUAGCCUAAUUGUUUGCAUAGUCUCAAGAAAUACAGAAAAACAAACAGAUGCGAAAAGAGAUUAAAGCAUAGAGCUGACCAGAAUGACGAAGAGCGCCCGCAACUGAGGUGCGACAGGCGGCUUGACUCACAGUUUUUACGAUUCAGUCAACGAAGUGAUUUAGAGCAGGUAUGGGAGUCCUGUCGAGGUUCUGGAGAGUUGGAAGACCGCAAAACAAUGUACCAGGGGUGCAGGACCAGAUAAGCGUACCCAUGAGUUGAAGGUAAGUAAAAUGGCUCUUUGCACAGACCGGAAGUCACAGUGUGCAAAUUGCCAGACUGAAUGAUAAUGGGGAGCGGUCUGGCGUCCUUAAGAAGGUAAAUCAAGCCACUCCCAUAACUACACGCUCGUGUGUGUGUGUGUAUAUAUGUAUGUGUGUAUAUAAUAUAUAGUGUGUGUGUGUUUAUAUGUAAUCUCUAUCUAUCACAUAUAUACACACCCACUUGCACCAGUCAUGGGGUGGGAUAUAUUGGGCAUAAGUGAACAAUCCAGUUCUUGAAUCUCAUGUGUUGAAAGCAGGAAAAAUGGGCAAGUGAAAAGAUCAGAGUGAUUUUGACAAAGUCAUGGCUAGACGACUGGAUCAGCUUGUCUCCAAAAUGACAAGUCUUGUUUUGGUUAUCGGCAAAAAUCAGCAUGGUUUUAUGAAGCACAGGUCAUGUCAAACUAACUAGAUUGCAUUCUAUGAAGAAGUAGAAAUAUAGAUCAGGGUGUUGCAGUGGAUGUGAUCUAUUUGGAUUUUGCCAAGGCAUUUGAUACAGUUCCACACAACAAAUAAGUGUUCACACUCAAAGAAAUCGGUCUAGAUGAAAAUGCUUGUUCUUGGGUAGAACAUUGGCUUAAAAACAGAGUACAAAGAGUUGUCAUUAAUGGUAAAUUUUCAAGCUGGACAGAGGUGGCAAGUGGUGUCCCUCAGGGUUCUGUUCUGGGACCCCUUUUAUUUAACAUAUUUAUAAAUGAUCUUAAAAAGUAUUUGAAAGUCAUGUUUCAGUUUUUGCCGAUGACACACAACUCUGUAAAUUAAUACUAUGUGAGCAAGAUAUUACCUUGCUGCAGAGGGAUUUAGAUAGACUCGGGGACUGGGAACGCAAAUGGCAGAUGAAAUUUAAUGUUGAUGCGAAGUUAUGCACUUCAGCGUAAAGAAUGCACAAGCAAUGUAUACUCUUAAUGGAAGCAAAUUCGGGAUAACACACAAAAAGGACUUGGAAAUUGUUAUCGACAACAAACUAUGCAACAAUGUGCAAUGUCAAUCCGUAGUGGCUAAGGCCAGUAAGUUAUUGUCAUGCAUGAAAAAGUGCAUUCACUCUCGGGAUGAGAAUAUCAUUUUGCCUCUUUAUAAAUCACUGGUAAGACCACAUAUUGAAUAUGCUGUGCAAUUUUGGGCACCUGUUCUAAAGGAGGAUAUUAUGGCACUAGAAAAAGUGCAGAGGUGGGCUACAAAAUUAAUAACCGGAAUGGAACAUAUCCGCUAUGAAGAAAGGUUAACAAAUGUAAACCUCUUUAGUUUAGAAAAGCAUCGCCUCAGAGGGAUAUGAUAACAUUAUACAAAUAUAUUUGGGGCCAAUACAAACCGGACUUUACAUAGGACACAAGGUCAUGCGUUUAGACUGGAAGAAUGAAGAUUUCGUCUAAGGCAAAGAAAAGUGGUUUUUUGUGUGUUUGGGGUGGGGGGGUUAACUGUAAGAACAAUAAGGAUGUGGAAUUCUCUGCCUGAAGAAGUGGUUUUAUCAGAGUCCAUAAAUAUGUUCAAAUGGCAACUAGAUGCAUACUUGCAAAAAAACAGAAUAUUCAAGGAUAUAAUUUUUCAAUGUCGGGUAAUAGCUGUUUGAUCCAAGGAUUAAUCUGACUGCCAUUCUGGGGUCAAGAAGGAAUUUUUUUUCCUAGUUUGUUGCAAGUGCUUUAAACUGGGAUUUUUUUGCUUUCUUUUGUAUCAACAGCAAAAAAACAUAUGUGAGGCUGAACUUGAUGGACGCAAGUCUCUUUUUAGCUAUGUAACUAUGUUCACCGUAUGGAGUGAUUUAGUACCUUCCAAACGUGGUGCAAUGAAGGACAACCAUAGAACCAGUGUUGGGGUCAUUGGCACCCAAGGCUCACUGAUGCACGUGGUGGGUAAAGGCUAGCCCACCUGGUUCAAUCACACAGAAGAGCUACUGUAGCUCAAAUUGCUUAAAAACGUAAUGCUGACCACAAUGGAAAAGUUUCAGAACACACAAUGCAUCAGUUUGCUGUGUAACUGCAGGCGUGAGCGCCUGUACUGGAUUAUGGAGCGUCUGUGGGAUGUGCUGGACAAACACAUCCAAGCCAUUGAGGCCCCACCUCACAACUUGCAGGAGUUAAAGGAUCUGCUGCUAAUGUCUUGGUGCCAGAUACCACAGGACAAGUUCAGAGGUCUUGAGGAGUCCAUGCAUCAGAGCUGUUUUGGCAGCACAAACAUGAUAUUAAGCAGGUGGUUGUGAUUUAGAGCAAUACUGAUCCAUGAUGGUUUUUUUUUGUUUUUUUUUCAUUCGAACAUUUCCAGAAAGAAGAUUAUUUGAUGCUCAGAUAAAAAUGAAGACAUUGUGCUUGUGAGGGUAGUCCUUGAUGAUAUAGAUGGGCGGAGAGAUUGAAUAAUUUAAUGGGAUGCAAAAUCAGUUCCACGUAAACACACAUGCUUUAUUUUUCUUUUCUUUUUUUUUCUCUCUUCUGAUUUACAGUAUUUGGACCAUUUUCUAACUUUAUUUUAUUCAUCUUCUUCUGUUAGUAUAAGUGUUAUUCAGUUUUAUUCAUUGUGCAUAGUUGUCAUAUUCAUAACUCUUUCUCUUUUUUAAAGAUAUUAUAUUCUGCUCAUUCCCUGCCUUUCUUUGUCCUUUAGUAUCUACAUAAUGAGAAAAAGAUACUUCACGGUGAUAUCAAGUCAUCAAAUGUUGUUGUUAAUGGAGACUUUGAGUCCAUUAAAAUCUGUGAUGUAGGAGUGUCUCUGCCCCUGGAUGAAAACAUGACCAGUAAGUGAUGUUAGUGUAGCACACCCAGCUUCCUAUUACAUUCUCCCUGUUAGUGUACCUUCUUCUAAGUUAUGUGAAGCUUUCUACCUACCUAAAUUUUCCUUUCUGUAUUUUUAGUGAGUGACCUUAACGCCUAUUAUAUUGGCACAGAGUCCUGGAAACCAAGGGAAGCUUUAGAAGAUGAUGGGAUUAUAACAGACAAGUCUGAUAUAUUUGCUUAUGGCCUAACUCUUUGGGAAAUGAUGACUCUGUCAAUACCUCAUGUGAACUUGCCACCAGAGGGCGAUGAUGAAGGUGAAGGCUUGGUGUGAAACACCUCAAACAUAGAGUGCAUUUCACACUUCAGAUGAUGUGUAUUGACCUGUUCCGAAACAUGUUUUAUCCCCCUUAAGGAUGGAGAAAAUUGUCCAAGUUCUGAACCAAAACCAAGAAUUUCAGCUACAUGGUUGUUCAACCAUAAUUUACAUCUUUCAUAUUAAGUGCACCUACAAAUAUUAUAUGUAGGAGAAAUAGGGCUUUCAUGUCACAUCAAAUAUUUAUACAUGACGCUUAAUUUAAUAUGAAUAAAAUUUAAAUAAUAUUAAAAUUAAGGAAUUUUGUUAUUUUCCAAGUUCUGAAUGUCAUAAUACUAUUAGCUUUUAUUUUUUAUUAAACACUUAUUUGCAUGCUGUGAUAUCCCACGAGUACAAUGGUGCCACCCAUGUACAGGUUUCAUGAUAGUUUGAAAAGUUACAGGUUUACUUAAAGAGCUUGCUUUUACACGUUGAAAUUUGCCGGAUUGGUUUGCUAAGCCUAUUUUGCGUUUGAGACCAUAUGGUAGCCCAGAAAUGGGAACUAUCCCCGUUAUGACAUUCCAUUUGCAAAAGUAGACAUUUAGGGUAUUCAUAAUAUCCAGUCUCUCUAGUAGUCCUAAACCCUUGCCAACGUUAGUGUUCAUAUUUAUUUUAUAUAUUUUAUACAAAAAUGUACUUUAACUUGUAUCAUCCUCAUUACACAUUUUAUUCCUCUAAAACAGUACCCCCUAUGAACAGGUUUAAUAAGGUUUUGGAAUGGUGCAGGGUUAAGUAUAGGGCUUUCAAAUUAAAUUUCAGCCUGGGUUGUCAUGCUGGUCCUCCAAUAUAUAAUUAAUAAAAUCAUAUCAUUUUAUAUUAAUAAUAUAUAAAUGCACUUAGAAAUACAUUUUAUAUAAUUACAGUCUAGGUGGAAAAUAUAUGAUUUUGUAUAUAAAUAUUGUGAUGUUAAUUAUAUAUUGGGAGAUUUGCCUGACAACCAAGGCAGUCCCCCUGCAACCGAUCAGUGUUAUGUGAUUUGCGGUAUUAUCCCAAUCACAUGACUCCGAAUGGCUGGAUGGCAUGAUUGGCUGCUGAGGGACUGCCUGUUGUCAGGCAGGUCCUCUGAUUGAUUGUGGUCUGAAGGGAUGGGCCUGUCUUAACAGCAUUAAACUCCUUGUUUUGUAGGAAAGCAUAGCAUGCCGUAACGCAGACCUGCACAACUUGCGGCCUGCCAAAGGAUUUCAGGUGACCCGCGAGGAACUACCGCCAGUGCAGCCACUGCGUUGUGCCGGGGAGGGUUCAAUUAGGAGUCCCAUCAGGUGGCCCAUGCACUUAGGGCCACCUGAUGGGCAUGUGUCAGCAGGGGCACGGCUGGGUGCUGUGGUGCUUUAACAGCACGACAGGCCUCUUGCUUAUCGGCAGACUGGGAGGAAGUGAGUGCUGAGAGUUACUUACUCCUAGAGACUGGAGCUGAGCAGGAGGGGUUGUGAGGAGGGGGCCAGGCCUGGAGAGACUGGAGCUGCACAGAGGGAGCAAAGAGAAGACGGGAGAGGAUGGGGUGCAGGCUAGAAGAGCCAUCAUCCUCCGCCUGGAGACAAGGGAAGCCACCCUCCAGCACCCGAAAGGUAAACUGGAGGGUGGCUAUAAAAGUUUAUAUUUUGGCCUGUGCAUCUGUAUGUCUGUCAGUGUGUUGUGUAUGCAUCUGUAUGUCCGUGUGUGUGAUAGGUGCUUAAAACCUGUCUGCAGCCUGAAGAAGCUUAGCCUAUUUAAUUUUGGUCCCUACCUAUUGCCAAGUUGUGCACGUCUACAUAUGAACAGAUUAAACUUUUUUUAUCUAUUUAAUUAUGUCCAGUAUGUAAAUGAAUAAAUUACUCCAAAUAACCUCACCUACCCGCAUACCUUUUCCUCUAAUGAUCCCAUUUAAAUCAGUCAUCUUGAAAUGACAGAGGUAGAUGAAAUGAAAUCAUGCUUUUGCUCAUGAAAAGUUUACAGAUGGUGAAAUUGGGGGCCUUUCAAGCUUCACUAUUAUGUAAACCUUAUUCUCCCUCAGGGGUAGGUGAGCUUCGGCACUUCAAAUUUUGUGGACUACAUCUCCCUAAAUGCUCUUACAACUAUAAUGCUGGAAAAGUGUCAGGACAUCUGGAGGGCCAAAGGUUGCCUACCCCUACGCUAGCUGCUAGAGAACUACCCCUGCUUCCCCUCUAUUAUGUAUAUACGUCUAAUGGAAUCUCUCAUGUUUGUACAGAUUCAUUUGAUGAAGAUGAUUUUGAUGAGGAUGCCUAUUAUGAAUCACUGGGGACCAGACCUCCAUUGAAUAUGGAGGAACUUAAUGAUUCUUAUCAAAAGGUCAUAGAGUUGUUUCUCGUAUGCACUAGUGAAGAUCCAAAGGAACGACCUUCUGCUGCACAAAUUCUUGAGUUUCUAGAAGACAAAGAAAUAGUCUCGGGAAAUAUAUAGUCGAGCCUUCGUUGAAUAGAGUUUUUUAUAACUUGUUUUUAUCUUUGUAUCCUUGUUGGACAUUUUCUUUAUAUUUGUCACUGACCUUCUUUAUGACUCUCUGCCUGUGUCUCCUAUAAGUGUGUUCAUGUUUUUGUUAUCGAUUAAAUUGUUGAAGUUACUUAUUUCAUGGUUUACUUCUGGUGAUGUGGUUGAUCAAGUUGACAAUUGGGGAUUGGUUUGUUUAGAACAUGAGUUGUGAAUUGGUAUAAAAAGCUGUUAAUGCAAAAGGUGCAAAAAAAUGUGGGUGAAAGUGAAUGCUGUCCGUAUAUAUUUAAACAGGAUGGGUUGACUAGACAAUCUUUUUGAACUGCUCUUAUUUUCUCACUAAAAUGUUUUGUGUCUGUUAUUACUAUUAUAUAUUUUAGCGGUCAAUGAAUGCUGUUCUCCAUCUAUUAACAGACUUUGCUCUAUGUAAACAUUUUGCUGUACAUUGCAAGAGUCCUGAUGUAUUUGAUGUGCAUGUUUAAUGGGAUGUCACUAAAAUAUCACUGGCCCACUACUGUAUGGUAAGCAAUCACCGGGUUGGGUUCUUGUUCACAUGGAGUCUGCAUAUUUAUUAUAAGACCUAUCAAGCUUUCUUACUUUUUGGUACUUUAAUAGACUAUUGCAGGCACCACAACUACAAUGCAAUUUUUUUUUUUUUUUUUUAGUUUUUACAUUGCCUAUAAAAUAAAAGCUUUGCCUUGCUCUGUCAUCUGGUAUUCUCAGGUGUGAUGAAUGAAGUGUGCUCACCCAAAACUGAGGCGAUCAGUGGAUUCACUGCUUCUCUAUAAAAAGCAUUCUACUGGCAGACUAUGGGGAUUGCCACACACUCCAUAGAACCUCAAUGUUGCAAUAUGAGAAGUAUUUGAUUUGAACCAGAAUAUCAACAUUCAAUGGAGGAAAAGUCUCACCACCAGACAGAUUAGAGACACAUUACUAUAUUAUGACCCUGUGUGGGUCGGUCCCAUGAAUGUAAACUAAGAAAGGAACCCUUCAGAGUUAGAAAUCAAUGUAAGGGGGGAAAAAAAGUUGCGAUGCUAUAAAAACACCUAUGUAAAAAUCAUUCCUAUAUGCACCAAAAAAUCGUAAUAAAAAAAUAAUUAUAAAG